AUGGAUUUUGAUUGUGAGCAAUUUAAUAUGAAAGAAGAUCGACCUUCUAACAAGAAAGGAAGAACCUUGUUGUCUUUUUUUUCAAAAAGUAAUAAAUCUCAAGAUUCUCCAAUUCCUACGGCGCCCAUUCCUCCAAUUUUAUCCCCAGAAGUUGUACGGCCUUCAUCUUCCAAUCUUAAUGUAGAACCAUCUGAUUUUAUUGAACGGGACCCUGGAAAAAGAAAACAAAUAUGUGAACAUCCACGUAACGAACGCGAUCAGAUUAGGCGAGCUUAUCUAAAUGUUGGACCUUAUCAACCAAAACUUUUGGAGUAUCAGAGCAAAGAAUGUGGAAAGCAGAAACGUCGAUUUCAGGAACGUUGGUACAAUCAGUUUCCUUGGUUGGAAUAUUCGCCUUCAACACAUAAGGCAUAUUGUUUUUAUUGUUUCCUCUUUCUCAAUGAGAGUACUCCAAAUAAUAUUUCAUCGUUGGUUACUAUUGGUUUUGAUAGUUGGAAGAGGGUUAACCAAGGAAGUAAAUGUGCAUUUCUUAUUCAUGUUGGUACAACAUCUUCGUCGUUUCAUAAUGGCUGUAAGAAAAGUGCUGAAGAUCUAAUGAAACCAACUCAACAUAUUGACAAGUUAGCACUUCAGAGUUGUUCCUUUAGAGGCCAUGAUGAAUCUCCAUCUUCACUGAAUCGUGGAAAUUUCAUUGAACUGGUGGAUGCAUUUGGAAAAAUGAAUAUUGAAGUAGGAAAAGUUGUAUUCGGUAAUGCUCCCAAAAAUGCUACAUACACAUCUCCAGACAUUCAAAAAGAAAUUUUGAACAUUAUGGCCAACAAAGUUCGACAAAGAAUUCGUGGCGAAAUUGGGGGUGCAAAAUUUAGUAUUCUUGUUGAUGAAGCACGAGAUGAAUCUUCACAAGAACAAAUGGCCAUUAUCCUGAGGUUCGUCAGGAGUAAUGGAAUUUUGACAAAGCGUUUUUUUGCAAUUAAAAGUGUUAGUGACACUACCUCAUUAAAUCUUAAGAAUCAAAUUUCUGAUGUUCUUGUCCGUUUCGACCUUCAAGUGCAAAAUAUGAGAGGCCAAGGGUACGAUGGUGCUAAUAAUAUGCGUGGUUCUUGGAAUGGACUACAGGCAUUAUUUCUUAAAGAUUGUCCAUAUGCAUACUAUGUCCAUUGUUUUGCCCACCGUUUACAACUCACAUUGAUUUCUGCAGCUAGGGAUGUCUCAGAUAUUAAUUCAUUUUUUUCUCAUUUGGAUAGUGUUAUUAAUAUGAUUACAUCAUCUCCUAAGCGCAUCAAUGAGUUGAAAAGUGACCAAAGAAAAGAAAUUGAGCAUUUGUUGGAAAUUGGAGAACGAGAGUCCGGAAGUGGUGCUAAUCAAAUUGGUAAUUUGCAACGAGCCGGAGGUACUCGUUGGUCUUCUCAUUACAGCUCUGUAAAGAGUUUGAUUGAUAUGUAUGCUGCAACUUGCAAGGUGCUUGAGUAUCUUAGUGAUCAUUCUCCAAAUGUAAGAUCUCGGUCCGAAGUUGGUGGUGUGUACAAAACCAUGACAACAUUUGAAUUUGUAUUUAUUUUACAUUUAAUGCGUAAAAUAUUAGCAAUUGCGGAUGUGCUUUGUCAGACCCUUCAGAAGCAAACUCAAGAUAUCUUGACUGCUAUGAGAUUUUUCCGUACUACAAAAACUAUCCUUCAAACAUUGAGAGAAGAUGGCUGGGAAGAAUUUCUUGAAGAGGUGAAAUGUUUUUGCUCAAAAAAUGAUAUACAUGUACUUGACUUUGAUGCUUCGUAUAUGGUUGGUCGUUCUCGUGGUCGUGAGUAUCCUACCGUUGAACAUCACUAUCACUUUGAUAUUUUCAAUGCAGCCAUUGAUUUUCUAAUGAUGGAGUUAGAUACAAGAUUUAAUGAGACAUCAUUAGAACUCCUUUCUCUCAGUGCAGCUUUGGAUCCAAAAGAUUCUUUUGAAUCAUUUAACAUUGAUAAUAUUUGCAAGCUUGCAGAGAAGUUUUAUCCUGAAAAUUUUUCACAGCAAGAUAUUUAUUGUUUGAAAGUUGAGUUGCAACAUUAUCAGAAUGAUGUGAUUUUCGAACCUCGAUUUCAAGUACCUACACUUUCUGAUUUAUGUCGAGAAUUGGUUGCAAGUAGAAGGUCGGAGAGUUACGUUGUUUUGGCUAAAUUGAUUUGUUUAGUACUCACACUACCUGUUUCAACGGCGACUGUGGAGCGAGCAUUUUCAGCAAUGAAACAUGUGAAGACGGAAAUUCAUAACAAAAUGGAUGAUGGCUUUCUUGCUGAUUGUUUAACACUAAAUAUUAAGCGAGAAUUUAGUAUGAAUUUAGAUCUAGAUUCUAUUGUAGAUGAAUUUUAUGCUUUAAAACAUCGUCGGGUACAAUUACGAUAG